CUAUAAUUAUUUCCCAUCCCAUCACAAGCGGUGUAAUAAACCAAUAGAAAAGGGACAAAUUAUUUUUGUUUUAUUUAAAAAAUGUUGGGGAUCUUCAGUAGCUCCGUCGUGUCUCCUCCGGAAGAGCUGGUGGCAGCCGGUAGCCGAACACCGUCGCCAAAGACGACGGCGAGUUUGCUUCUGAAGAGGUUUGUGGAGAGGAAGGCGUCGGCGGUGUCGCUGCAGGUUGGGGAUGAUGUGCAGCUGGCUUAUACACACCAUGAAGAGUCACCGUGGCAACCCAGAUCAUUUGCAGUGAAGGAUGAUAUAUUCUGCUUGUUUGAAGGAGCUCUAGACAAUCUAGGGAGCUUGAGACAGCAAUAUGGACUUGCGAAAUCUGCGAAUGAAGUUGUUCUUAUGAUCGAAGCUUACAAAGCUUUACGCGACCGAGCACCAUACCCUGCGAAUCAUGUUGUUGGUCAUCUUAGUGGUAGUUUUGCCUUCAUUGUUUAUGACAAAUCCACUUCCACCCUCUUUGUUGCUUCUGACCAAUCUGGAAAGGUUCCUCUGUAUUGGGGAAUAACUGCUGAUGGGUAUGUAGCAUUUGCUGAUGAUGCUGAUCUGCUUAAAGGUGCUUGUGGAAAGUCACUUGCUUCUUUUCCUCAAGGAUGUUUCUACUCGACCGCGGUUGGAGGAUUAAGAUGCUACGAGAAUCCAAAGAAUAAGAUUACCGCUAUACCAGCUAACGAGGAAGAAUUUUGGGGUGCAACGUUCAAGGUGGAAGGGCCAGCUGUUGUUGCAGCGACAAAGUAGAUAUGUUUCCAAAUAGAGUGUCAUAUUCUGGAUGCAUUUAUGGAGUAAUUUUAUGUAUUUGUAUGGUUGUGAUUCUAAGACAUGCAUGAAGAGAUCAUAAUGUAAAUAUCUUUACUCAUAAAUGUGAAGAGUGUGGGACUGGUCAUUGUAGAGUUUAUUAUGUUGCAGGUUUUGUGCAGUGUUGCAUAGGAUUUUCUGUGUUUCAAAAAAUGUCCAGUUGCAUUUUCAAUGUACUGUAAUAAAUAUACAUGCAUGCGUCUGGCUUGAGUUCUGUACUGUAGUACUCUUAUUCUAGCAUAUAAAAAAUGUGUAGAUAUAAACUUUCAUCUUUCAACUAAUAAAAAUUAAUGAUACACUUUGUUCAA